GCGCGUAUUCAGAUCGUAGGAGCGUGGUCUCGCCUGUCCUUCACAUCCGUUCACAUCCGUCCACAUCCUUCUAGGCUCGCCUCCCGAACGCAGCAACGAUGGCUCUGCUCAAGUCCAGCAAAAUGGUCUACUGCCUGGGGAACAUCUCCCCGUCCCUGGGAGUCCUGUCCACCCGCAACAGCUCCUGGUGGGGUGGAGUGCAGAUGGGUCCCCCUGAUCCCAUCCUGGGGGUGACUGAAGCCUUCAAGAAGGACACAAACCCCAAGAAGAUGAACUUGGGAGUGGGAGCCUACAGGGAUGAUCAAGGAAAGCCUUUUGUCCUCAGCUGUGUUCGCAAGGCAGAGGCUAUCAUUGCAGCUAAACAGCUGGAUAAGGAGUACCUUCCCAUUGGUGGUUUGGCUGAAUUCAGUAAAGCCUGUGCUCAGCUGGCUCUUGGUCCCGAAAAUGAGGUUUUGAAAAGUAGCAGAAGCGUCACCGUCCAGACCAUCUCAGGAACUGGAUCUUUGCGUAUUGGAGCCAACUUCUUGGCUCGAUUCCACCCUGGGCCACAUGAUGUGUACCUGCCCAAACCCUCUUGGGGGAACCACACACCCAUCUUCAGAGAUGCUGGCAUGCAGCUCAAAGCUUACCGCUACUAUGAACCUUCCACCUGUGGCUUUGACUUCAAAGGAGCUCUGGAUGACAUCUCUAAAAUCCCAGAGCAGAGCAUCAUCCUGCUGCAUGCAUGUGCCCACAACCCCACUGGUGUGGAUCCAAGGCCCGAGCAGUGGAAGGAGAUUGCUGACAUUGUGAAGAAAAGGAACCUACUCGUGUUCUUCGACAUGGCCUACCAGGGCUUUGCAAGUGGAGACAUUGAUCGCGACGCCUGGGCUGUCCGCCACUUCAUUGAAAACGGUCACAACAUUGUGCUGUCGCAAUCCUUUGCAAAGAACAUGGGACUCUAUGGUGAACGUGUCGGAGGCUUCACUGUCGUGUGCAAAGAUGCAGAGGAGGCAAAGAGGGUGGAGUCUCAACUCAAGAUCCUCAUCAGGCCCAUCUACUCCAACCCACCAGUGAAUGGUGCCAGAAUUGCAGCAACUAUUCUCAACACGCCAGAGCUGCACUCACUGUGGCUGGAGGAGGUCCAUGGUAUGGCUAACCGCAUCAUCAAGAUGAGAGAGCAGCUGGUGGCCGGUUUGAAAAAGAAUGGCUCCUCCCACAACUGGCAGCACGUCAUCGACCAGAUCGGGAUGUUUUGCUUCACAGGACUCAAGCCAGAACAGGUCGAGCGCUUGACAAAAGAGUUCUCAGUGUACAUGACCAAGGAUGGCAGAAUUUCCAUGGCAGGUGUGACCUCUGGAAACGUGGGCUACCUUGCAGACGCGAUCCAUGCAGUCACCAAGUAGAGUGGAUCGUGCUGGGAGAGCAGCAAAAAUCAGAAGGAGCAGCACUAAAGAGGAGCUUCAAGCGUCAUUUAUUCUGUCUCCUUCAUUCCACCUUUAGAAAACUUCCUUUUUUUUUUCCUAAGUUGUAGCCUUUUUGUUUCCUGACUGGCUUUCAUCAUGAGUUAAAUUUGGAACGGUUGCUCUUGUUACAGGCUCUGUUUUCCGGUUACACUUUCUUUCCUCUACAUUUCACUAAAGGCUUCCCCUGCCAAAUUGAGAGAUUUCUUCCCAUGACUGAAUCAUCUUUGCUUAUUUAUUAUCAGAAAUGAACUGUUGGCUGUACAUUCGUGUCCUCCUACAUGUAUAUUCUAUCUGCUGUGGGCCCACACUCUAAAACGUUGAGGAAAAAUUAUCCAGGCGAUGCUAGGCGGAGAUGAGAUCUCUCGUUCUUUGUGAAAGCUUGUAGUUGAUCUGAGGGUUUCCUUUUAAUUGUGGAGUUGUAGCACUUUAACCUGUGAGGCACUGUUUGAGUCUCAAGACAUCACUGGCACUUCACUGGGCUUUACUGUACUAAUGGGCAUUUGCCAAUCAUGUAAUCUCUUUACUCUGUGGAUCUGCCCUAACAAUGAUUCAGCAGUUUACUUUUUAUCUGUUCUGUUUCAGUAGAAUUUGAAUCUGUUUGAUUUCUGUUUUGGUGAUUACAGGGCAGCGGUCUCUCUCUGCUGGUCCUCUUGUAAGCCCAGAUACAAACAAGCACAUGGUUUAGCGUUGAGAAUGGAGACAAUAAAUCUGUCAAUCCCACUGCAAGGAAUUUUUAUUACACAAAAUUUAACUCUCCAAAUGAAAAGUCUGUACUCCAUGGUAAAGUUGUGUGGGGUACUUUCUUCGGGGGAACACCACAUCUCAUGAUGCGCGCACGCUGUUCAUUCAGAUGAACAUCGUGUUUUUAGUGUGUGAAUCUGGACUGUGAGACACAGAUGGCAAUACAAAAUGUGGGGUUUGCCCGAGUCUGCUCUUACUUCUGGUACUCUGCCUCCAUGUUUUUGCAUUCUCUCUUAUGGAUCGUUGGUCUUGUCAUCAUUGAACAAAUAAUAGAUCAUUAAAGAGUAAAGAUGUGAAACCA